CGGCGUCAAUGAAGGGGGGAGAGCCGGCGACAUGUCUAUACAGAAGAUCCACGCUCGGGAGAUCCUGGACUCCAGGGGGAACCCUACUGUAGAGGUCGACCUGUACACCGGGAAAGGUCUCUUUCGGGCCGCCGUCCCCAGCGGAGCCUCCACAGGAAUCUAUGAAGCUCUGGAGCUGAGGGAUGGGGACAAAUCUCGCUAUCUGGGCAAAGGUGUCCAGAAGGCUGUGGAGCACAUCAACAAGACCAUCGUCCCCGCCCUACUGGAGAAGAAACUCAGCGUUGUGGAUCAGGAGAAGAUCGAUAAACUGAUGCUUGAACUUGAUGGGACCGAGAACAAAUCUAAGUUUGGUGCUAAUGCCAUUCUGGGGGUGUCCCUGGCCGUGUGCAAGGCCGGUGCAGCCGAGAAAGGUGUCCCCCUGUACAGACACAUUGCUGACCUAGCAGGAAAUCCUGAAAUCAUUCUGCCGGUCCCU